UGUUGACUCUGUUUUGGGAAGCAUUGGUGGGCAGUGAGAGUCACAGAUAACACAGCAAGCAGGAUGGAGCACUACCGGAAAGCUGGCUCUAUAGAGCUUCCAGCACCUUCCCCAAUGCCCCAGCUACCUCCUGACACCCUGGAGAUGCGGGUGCGAGAUGGCAGCAAAAUUCGAAACCUGCUGGGACUUGCACUGGGUCGAUUGGAGGGAGGCAGUGCACGACAUGUGGUGUUUUCAGGUUCUGGCGGGGCUGCAGGGAAAGCGGUCAGCUGCGCUGAGAUUGUCAAGCGUCGAGUUCCAGGUCUGCAUCAGCUCACCAAACUGCGUUUCCUGCAGACUGAAGACAGCUGGGUCCCAAAUUCACCUGACACAGGUUUAGACCCCCUCACAGUACGUCGCAAUGUGCCUGCAGUGUGGGUACUGCUUAGCCGGGACCCCCUGGACCCUAGUGAGUGUGGCUACCAGCCCCCAGGGGCACCCCCUGGCCUGGGCUCCAUUCCCAGCUCCAGUUGUGGCCCCCGACCCCGAAGACCACCUCGAGACAACCAGUCCUGAAGACCUGCUAAACCAGGCUGUUCUCUAGGUCUGAACAUCUGAGAUGGCUGUGCCUUUUCUGAGACC